AUGGUGCGCAAAUUAAGUUGGGGGGUUCUUUUUGGUCUUCGGGUUCCCCCCGGCCUUGCCGGCGCCGCAUCUCCCCGGCGACUCCCCCCUUUUGACCGCACCGGCGGCCGAGCCGCCGACCUUCGCCAGUUGCAGUCGCCGACCGCUGCCCCCGCGCCGCCGCGGGCGCACCACCACCGAUCCGCCUCCACCGCGUCCGCCAGCCCCCGCGAGCAGCGCCGCCGCCCUGUCGAUCUGUUGCCGGAGCUGCAACCCGAAGCUCGCGCCGCCCCGACACCGCCUCCGCUCGCCGCCUGCAGAUCUGAGAUCCCCACAGCAGCCGAUCCAGAUCCGACGCCGUCCCUGCCGUCCCUGCAGCGCCCCACCGUUCGAAACCCGCGGCCCGACGACCCACGAUCCGCGAUCCGCGCUCCUGCUCCGUCGCCCCUCCUCUGCCCGCGAAGACAAAGUGCAUCUACGGAUCCUUGGAACAAUCCGGAAUCCGAGACCGAUAAAGCGACCGGUUUUGGUUCGAGCAUUCCCUCAAACACGCGGUGUGCACGGAUCGAGAAGAAGACAUCGAGCUAUAGCCGGCUGUCCCUGUGUUGCCAAGUCGGGAUCCUCGGGAAGACGGCGGAUCGAACCGACAGAUCCACUCGCCAGAAAUCGAACGCCGUGAGGAAGGGGAAAUCUGCGGGCUCGGUGGUGCUGACUAGGGCGCCGCCGCGUCCGCGCCGCUCCACCGCUCCUCCGCCGUCACAGCUGCCAGACCGAAGGCCGAGCCACCGCACGCCCGAGCGACUCUACCGCUGCUUCGCUCCGCCCGUAACUGCAGCAAAGCUUGAGCCCCCGUUCGUCUCCGAGCGCGCCACCGUCUCCGCCCGCCACCGCCGCUUCGCAAGCAGCACUUCCGCAGCCGCGAGCACCCGACGGGCCGCCCACCACCGUGACUCGCAGCCCGCAAUCCGACCCUCGCUGUGCGACGCCGGUCACCCCGUGCGAACACCGCCACGCCCGCCUCGCUCCGCCACGCUCCCACCGGCGACCCGGCGUCAGCCCACGCCGACGCUGCCCGGAGCUGAAGACCAGCAACCCGACGCUACAACCCAAGCCGCUCCACCUCGCCGACGCCCAGCAGCCCGCGCCUACGCUGCUCUUCGCUCAAACACCAGCAGCACCCCCAAAUACCUCCGCACUCGCAACCGCGCUUCGCACGCCUGCGACCCGGCCACGACGCCGCUCCGCUGUCCUCAUCCCGUCCGUCUCGUGAAGCCGCCGCUGCCCGACGCCAUUGCUCUCCAUCGCCGCUCGGUCCCUCGCGACACCGGCGCUCGUGAAGCCACCGUCUCGCCCGCGCCGCACUUCCGCCCCGGUGCCCCAAGCUGCUCCGCCCUUGCCGCCUCGCUUUCCUCUCGCCCGACACCGCUGCACGCCGUUGCAGCAACCGCUCGAGUCCGCCUAGCAUCGCCAGCCGCCGUCCCCUCUUCGAACGACGCCACCACGGCAGCCGCUGCCCGCUCCAAGCUUGCUGCCCUUCGCCGGAGCUCCGACGAUCGCGCCCACCGCCCACGGUCGCCGUCGCAGCAACAGAGCCAUCCCACCCGUGGUCUAAGUCUCCAUCGUGGUCCAUAA